AAAUGCAUAGCAUUCUCGAAAAUGCUACAGUUCCAAUAGAUUUCAUUUUACAUAAACAGCUACUAGGCUCAAAGUUGGAAAUACGUGAGUUCUUGCAUGACCAUGAUGAUGAAAUGAAGGAGGCCGGGGAAUCCCCGACGGGCACAGGCACGCAAUUUAAAUUGAUCACGACGGUCGCGUGCAAAAGUUUUUAUUUGUUUGGGAUACUCUGCGUGGCUAACUGAAAUAUCCUCAUCUUCCGUUUUAUAUCAUAUAUGUUUAAACUGAGGUAGUGACAGACAUCGGUUUUACGACAUCGUAGAAAUCUGCAGUUUGUAAUCGACCCCUAAAAAUAUCAACUUGGGUGUUUACUGCAGUUAAUGCAAGUUAAAAAAUUGAUUGCACUUGUUUGUACUUUUUCCGCUUUCUGCUUCGAGACGAUGAGCUUCAAUUGAUGUGAAAGCCCUUCACAAAAGAUGCAGUGCACUUCAGGGAAAAUACUUCUAACGAUUUUGGCAUUUCUUACCAUCUCAUCAGUCAGUAAAGGUUAUGAGUGUCCAAGCUGUAGUGGCCAGUACAUCAAAAUUAUUGAUCCCUCAACAGAAAAAUGUUUAGAGUGCUGGCCUUGCCCAGAAUGUGUAGAUGGUCAUGGUUCAUCUGUUAAUUGUCGAGCAACUGUACCUGAAGGCACAAAAAUUCACUGUGUGCUAUGUGUCAAUGGUGCAAAUUUCUCGGACAGUUUUGGUACUGAUCAAUGUCAACCUUGUGGAGUGUGCGCAGGCGAACAUGAACAUGUACUCAACAAAUGUACACGUGAAAGUGAUGUCAAGUGUGAUUGCAAAGCAGGGUUUUAUCGGAACAAAACAAAUGAUAAAUGUCUUCCCUGUAGUUCCUGCCCAAGCUGCUUGAGGGAUAAAGACAUCUUUGCAAAAUGUCAGAAGGAUAAAGGUGAACAGCAGAUGGCAAGGUCAUCUACCACUACAUACAGUACAUCAUCGGUCUCAUCCUUAGUAACAUCUUCCCAUUCACAUUAUCAUGCUACUUCUAUGUCUUUGCUUCCUACAAGAACCCAAGAGAUCAGCCCUACAUCAACGAGUGUAUUAGAGCAUGAGAUGACGACACCCACUUCAAAAGCCACCGUGCAAGUGCAAAUGAAUGAUGACCACACUCAUAAGAGUUCCAGCAAGAAAACUGAAAUUAUUAUCUUAGUAUCAGUCAUCAUCAUGUGUGUGUGUCUGCCAACUUGUGUGACAUUGUGUCUUCUAUACCACACAACAAAGAACUCCAGUACUCGUCGAUUGAAUGACGACCCUGUUAGAUUUUCAGAGUUAAAUCAAGGCGCUAUUGAAGAGAGCGAACAAGGAAAUAAUGAAGAGAGUAACUCAUGUGAGACCUCUAGUGUUGAUGAGCUUAAUAUGGAUAAAACACAAUGCAGUGAAACUGUUGAAGAAAGAAAUAGUAGUGAACCUGAUUUAUCAUCUUCUUUGAGUGGUUCAGAAGGCAAGUCCAAUGGAACUGCAGAGUUGACAGCCCAUCAGGAUGGUAGGGUCAUAGUAAGUGAUCAUCCUGAAGAGACAGCAGCAAUAGGGAUUCCGUCAUCUCUUGAAGAUGAACAAAAAAAUGAACAGAGUAAUUACAUCUGUCAAGGGCAUAAUCGGCCAUGUGAUUUGCCUGAAGAUGCUCAGGAUGGCUCUGUUAUUGCAUUAAAGGAUGGGACAGUGGUUCCCUCUGACAAUCUGGAUGCACUUGUUGAUGUGAAAAACAAGAUGCCAUCUGGCAACAACACAGCUGUUAAUGUGUUCAUCAAUCUUCAUGACCUAUCACAGAUAAAGAGAGGCACAGCUGCUGUGUCUCCAUUUGGUGACUUUAACAGUGCAUCUUGUGGUAAUAAUGUGAUGAUCCCUGCAUCAAGUUCAGGAAUGCCAGUGCCAGUAAACCAGGGAACAAUCUGUGCUCCUAGUUCCACUGCGACACCAACAGCCCAAUCUAUUGAAGGAAACAGAGGUUAUGCGACCCACAUAACAUGUGUACCUUCACCUGUUAUUAAUGAAAUGUGCAGGCUGCUAGAUUUGGAUAGAUAUUUAAUAGAUGGAAAUGAUUAUACAAGGCUUGGAAGUGAACUUGGGCUGGAUUCAACACAAAUCCAAUCCCUCAAACAGAAAUGUAACAACCCGUCUCAUGUUAUUCUUACGCAAGUGUUUCCAGCUUUGCCAAAUUCUGGAACACUUGAACACCUCAUUCCCUUGCUGAAAAAAAUGGGAAGACAUGAUGUGAUUCAUGUCAUAGAUAGAUGGGUGGGUAAUCAAAAGUGAACACAGGCUUCCCAUGUUAAUUAGGUGUAAACAGUGUUUCACAGUGGCAGUCAUCCAGACCCUUCUUCUUUAUAGGAUGGGGAACCCUAACUUUUUGCAGCCAUUAUCAGGCUAUAAGUCAAGGUGACUGCCCCAAAAAUGUUUGGCCCUACAGACCUUUCAUAGUUUCACCAAUAAGAGGGUAGGGGGCUUGCCCUCCUCUCCUCUCAGGCUAUUCUAGAUCUGCCACUGUCUCAUAUUAGGUGUGCAGUGUUUUGGACUCUCAAAUCUCAGUACAAUAUACCAUUGAACAGCAUGUAAAUUAUUGGUAUUGAUCAUGUUACUUCAUUGCUUCGUACCAUGGCACCAUUACACCUGGGUUUCAUCAAUGUUUUCAGCAGAAAGGCAACUGGUUUUCACAGGCAGACAUUUUUUUUCAACUGAACAUCUUUAUGGCAGUAACAUUCCUACAUUUGGUUGAAAACGAGCCAGGCAAACUCAUCCUCACAGCUGGUCAAUUUGCCUGGUGUCCAGCCCUUAAUGAAACCCCUGCAUUAACAUCAUAUGUGUACUGAAGAGACUGAGAAAUCAAAACAGUAAUUAACAUUUACAUGUUUAAAUUAAACCAUAACAAAGGAAUAUAUUUUUAUUUGUAAAAAGAGUUUUAAAUGAAAGUGAUGUUGUGCUGUUAUAAUGAAACCCAACAGUUUAACCAGUGGGAAUUCUUUUUUUUUUUUUGAAAUACAAUUUAAAUGUAUCCUACACUGCUUUGCAAAAUUAAAAUACCUAGGCAGGGACUAGAUAAUUAAGGUUGUGGUAUAUUCAACAAAAUGUUUCACCUCUUUCACUGCUAAUCAUUUUUGCACCUUUGAACAUUUUUUAAUGAAAUUUGUGCAUUUUCAAAUAUUUGUAUAUUAUUUAUUUAUUUAUAUUGUCACACUUUUCAUGAAAAUAUCAAGACCCCAAAGUGUAAUUUUGCACAUUAUUUAAAGUUUCUUGCUCACUGCUAGCUUUUUCUGUGAUGAUUUGGUUUGCCAAUGCUUUUCCAAUGUAACUUCCAAUGGCCAGUUUCCUCUGUGAGAAGUACCUGCAGGGAAUCAUGGUAGUUGUACUCAUCAUCUUGGAAUGGAUAUAUAUCGUUUAAUUUUAAGGCUGAUAUUGUUAUUUUUAUGAAGCUGUAAGUUAUAUAAGAUAAUGGUAACCGUGAUAAGCCACAAAAGUAAAUACUUUGUACCAGCUGGUUAGUGGCUUUCUCACCAUUUUGAGCAACCUCGUUCCCAGGCUCUCUCUCCUUUGUCCUCUCCCAACUUCUCCAAACGACAACGACAAAUCCCAAUGACAAAUCCCAACGACAAGGGAGGAAGAGGAGAGAGAGCCUGGGAACGAGGUUGCAUUUUUAGAAGUCUACAAAUUAAACGACUACUCUAUUGUUAAGUUCAUAGUAUUUCUCAACAAAAAAGAUACUUGAUACUGUGUAUAUAUUUUGUAGAUCUUAAGGUCAUCUUUAUGGUUUGGUAAUUAGCUUAACAGCUUUUGAAGUAUUUUUUUGGUUAAGGUGUGUAAAGAUAUGACAUAAUGUCUUAAUUGUCAAUUAUAUAGAUUACAAACCUCCUUUUCUUCAG